AUGGGGGAACCGCUGGCACGGGAAGCGGCGCGCGAGCGCAUCGAGAACCUCGAGCGGCCGCAGCUCGACGACCGCGCGUACCGCAUCAUCACGCUGCCCAACAAGCUCGAGGUGCUGCUGAUCCACGAGGCCGGCAGCGACAAGGCGGCGGCUGCGCUGGACGUCAAUGUCGGCAGCUUCAGCGACGCCAAGGACAUGCCCGGCAUCGCCCACGCCGUCGAGCACCUGCUGUUCAUGGGCACCGAGAAGUACCCCAAGGAGAACGCCUACAACACCUACCUGACCUCGCACGGCGGCUACUCGAACGCCUUCACCGCCGCCACCUCGACCAACUACUACUUCGAGCUGUCGUACCAGCCCGCCACCCCCGACACCGACCUGACCGACAAGGACACCUCGCCGCUGUGGGGCGGGCUCGACCGCUUCGGCCAGUUCUUCAUCGCCCCGCUGUUCCUCGAGGACACGGUCGACCGCGAGAUCAAGGCCGUCGACUCGGAGAACAAGAAGAACCUGCAGAACGACACCUGGCGCCUGCACCAGCUGAACAAGGCCCUGGCCAACCCCUCCCAUCCGUACUGCCACUUCUCCACCGGCAGCUGGAAGACGCUGCACGAUGAGCCCAUUGCGCGCGGCGUCAAGAUCCGCGACGAGUUCAUCAAGUUCCACUCGAACCACUACUCGGCCAACAAGAUGAAGCUGGUCGUGCUGGGCCGCGAGAGUCUCGACACUCUGGAGCAGUGGGUCGAGGACAUCUUCGCCCUCGUGCCGAACAAGGACUUGACCAACGCCCGCUGGGAGAUGCCCGUCUACACCGAGAAGGAGCUGCUGACCCAGGUCUUCGCCAAGCCUGUACUCGAGUCGCGGUCGCUGGAGCUGCAGUUCCUGUACCGCGACGAGGAGCAGUUCUACGAGUCGCAUCCGUCGCGAUACCUCAGCCACCUGCUCGGUCACGAGGGGCCUGGAAGUAUCCUUGCCUACAUCAAGGAAAAGGGGUGGGCGAACGGGCUGGGCGCGGGAGGCUCCACGCUGUGCCCGGGCUCCGGGCUGUUCAGCGUGAACGUGAAACUGACAGAGGAGGGGCUGAAGAACUACAAAGAGAUCGCCAAGAUCAUCUUCCAGUACAUUGCCAUGAUUCGCGAUCAGCCGCCGCAGGAGUGGGUCGUAGACGAGCAGAAGCGCAUCAGCGAGGUCGAGUUCCGCUUCAAGCAGAAGAGCCCGCCCAGUCGGACAGCGAGCGGGCUCGCGGGUGUCAUGCAGAAGCCGUACGACCGCACAAAGCUGCUGAGUGGCCCAGCAGUCAUCAGCAAGUUUGACUCGAACCUCAUCAGCGAGGCCAUGUCAUACUUGCGGCCCGACAACUUUAGGAUGACUAUUGUCAGCCAGGACUUUCCGGGCGGCUGGGACCGCAAGGAGAAGUGGUACGGCACCGAGCACAAGGUCGAGAAGAUCCCCGAGGAUUUCCUCAAGGAGAUCAGGGAAGCCUUCGAGGGCAAGAGCUGGCCGAAGGAGCUGCACUUCCCCCACCGCAACGAGUUCAUCCCGAGCCGGCUGGAUGUUGAAAAGAAGGAGGUAGAAACGCCUACCAAGGAGCCGAAGCUGAUCAGGCACGAUGACAACGUGCGCAUCUGGUGGAAGAAGGACGAUCAGUUCUGGGUCCCCAAGGCAAACGUUCACAUUUACUUCAAGACCCCAAUCACAUACGUUAGCGCACGGGUGGUACUCAUCUGCACGCUCUUCCGCGAGCUCGUCAACGACGCGCUUGUUGAGUACUCGUAUGAUGCGGACAUCUCAGGCUUGGUGUACGACUUCAGCAACCACAUCAGCGGUCUGUCGAUUACAGUUAGUGGCUACAACGACAAACUGCACGUGCUGCUUGAGAAGGUGCUCUUGCAAGUCCGCGACCUUGAGGUUCGUGAGGAUAGAUUCGCUGUCAUUCACGACAGGAUGUCGCGCUCGCUGCGCAACUGGGAUAUCGGGCAGCCGUACGGCCAGGUCGGCACCUACUCACGCACAUUCAAGAGCGACAGGAGCUUCAUGAACGAGGAGCUGACAGCAGAGCUGGACAACGUGACAGCCAAGGAUGUGCAAGAGUUCUACCCUCAGAUUCUGGCCCAGUGCGAGAUCGAGGUUUUGGCUCACGGCAACCUGUACAAGGAGGAAGCGCUGAAGAUCACAGAUCAGGUUAUUGAGAUCAUGAAGCCGAAACACCUGCCAGCAAGCCAGAUCCCUAUUCGACGGAACAUCAUCCUGCCUCCUGGCAGCAACUUUAUCUACGAGAAGCAACUCCGAGACCCCGCAAACGUCAACCACUGCAUCGAAUACAGUUUGUACGCCGGCAACCGCUAUGAUAACGACAUACGCGCUAAGCUCCUCCUCGUCGGCCAGAUGACGGACGAGCCGUGCUUCAACCAGCUGCGAACCAUUGAGCAGCUUGGCUACGUCGUCUUCUCGAGCGCAGCCUUCCACGACACAUGGGCCGGCUACCGCAUCCUGAUCCAGAGUGAGAAGGAUUGCAGGUACCUCGAAGGGCGCAUUGAGAACUUCUUGAACUCGUUCGAGAAGACACUGCAUGAGAUGAGCGACGCAGAUUUUGAAGGUCACAAGCGCGCAAUCAUCAACAAGCGUCUGGCGAAGCUGAAGAAUCUGAGUCAGGAAGACAACAGGUUCUGGAAUCAUAUCUACAGCGACUCGUAUGAUUUCUUGCAAGCCGAUACUGACGCCGAGCACAUCACCAAGCUCACCAAGGACGACCUGACAGCCUUUUACGCGCACUACAUCUCCACCGCCUCCCCCGCGCGCGCAAAACUCUCCGUCCACCUGCAGGCGCAGUCCAAGCCCAAAGAGCCGUCUCUGCAAGACAGGAAAGACGCCGCCAUCGCCGCCCUCAGCGCCCUCUUCGCCGAGCAAAACAUCGCCGCCGACGCCGACACCCUCAAGUCCCGCGUCAACGACGUCGCAGACGCGGAUGCCAUUACUGCCGCCGUGCAGCAGUACCUUGAGACUCUGUCGCUGGACAAAGACGCCGCGGCCACGAUUCUUGAUUCUGCCAAGGCAGCACUCGGUGUCGCGGACGCAGGCCUCCCCGCUGAGCCGCAGGUCAAGAGCGAUGGGGCGUCGGGCGCGGGCCAGCCCGUGCUGAUCCAGGACGUGUACGCGUGGAAGGCGUCGAUGCAGGUCAGCGCGGGCGUGAAGCCGGUGCGGCCACUGGAAGAGUUUGUGGAGAUUGCGGAGCGACUGUAG